CUUGUUUCAUUUCCCAAUAGGCACAAUAAUGGACCAAACUACCGUGGUGCGCCGAGCAGCGCCAAUCGACGAGGACGACGAUGCGAGCAACGAGCCGAUGGCUGUCAUCCCCUCCGUCGCAACAGCUUCUGCAAGCAGCAGCGCACCUGCCGCUGGAAGCAGCAGCUCAGGAUCUGCGGCCGGUGGCAAGUCGCUCUUCUCGCGAAAGCCCAACUCGGCGGCAGUCUCCAUCCACAGCAGUGACCCAGGACUCGAGUUCGACCAACUCAUGCGGAUCUACUAUUCCCGACUGUUUCCUUUCAAAAAGUACUAUCGCUGGCUGAGCUACGGCAACGUUCAAAAGCACUACUUUUGCAAUCGCGAGUUCUCCUUCACGCUCGAAGGCGACAUUUACGUGCGCUACCAGUCCUUCAGCACUGAGGAGCAACUGCGAAAGGAAAUCAUCCAGCGCAACCCCAUCAAGAUUGAUAUUGGCGCAGUCUACAACGUCGAGCCGAAAGAUCACAAGCAAGUGCGAGGGCCCGAGUUCAAGGCAGAAGAGAAAGAGGUCGUGUUCGAUAUCGACAUGACAGACUACGACGACAUUCGCACAUGCUGCAAAGGCGCCGACAUUUGCUUCCGCUGCUGGCCUUUCAUGACGAUCGCAGUGCGCAUUCUUGAUCGCGCUCUUCGAGACGAUUUUGGCUUCAAGAGCCUGCUCUGGAUUUACUCUGGUCGUCGUGGUGUGCAUUGCUGGGUCUGCGAUAACAGUGUUCGAACCUACGACUCCAAUAUCCGCACCGUGUUGACCGACUAUCUCUCGGUUGUCAAAGGGAGCGAAAAGAACGCCAAGAAGGUCGCUCUGACCAAUCCUCUGCAUCCUUCGCUGCAAAAAUCGCUUGAUAUUAUCGAAGAAUACUGGGAACCUGUGAUUCUCGGCGAUCAAGACAUUUUGCGCUCGCCCGCUCACAUUGAUCGGGUCCUUGCUACCAUUCCCGACGAAGAUAACGCACGUAUGCGACAAGCUCUUCGCAACGAAUGGAACACCCACCCAAACGGCACUUCGCAAGAGCGCUGGAAGCAACUUGUUCAGGAAGUGUACCUUUCUGUCAAGGCGGGCAAGUCCUAUCUCAAGUCAACCGUGCCCGAAAUCAUGUUCCAGUUUGCCUACCCGCGUCUCGACGUGGAGGUCACCAAGGGUGUCAACCACUUGCUCAAAAGUCCGUUCUGCGUGCACCCCAAGACCGGACGUGUGUGCGUGCCAAUGGACGUCGACAGCAUCGACGACUUUGACCCCUUUGCCGUCCCGACCAUCCAAGAGCUGUGCUCGCAAAUCAAUCAGUUCGAUGCUGCCAACCCGCACGCCACCACCGACUCGGGCAAAAAGCUUCAGGAUUACAAAAAGACAAAGUUGAAGGAUUUCAUGUCGCCCUUCCUAAAGUUCCUCGAGCCGCUCGAGAGCAACAUUCGCGAUGCCAAGCUCAUGGACAUGGAUAAAGAUGGGAUGGCCAUGGACUGGUAAAACGCUCAUAUACGUUCUUUGACCUCGCCUUCCUUUGUUGCUUGCUUUUGCGUUUCGUGUCUGCUGCGUUUGAUUCCUUAAUUCAACUCCGUUCUUAACACAAA